CAUCGGAGGGGUGAAGAUGAACUGAGGCGGCAUUCCGAGAGUGGGGAUCGUGCAUGUGGGAGCUGCUUUGGGGAAGAGAGGUAUACAAUGGCUUGGCAGAACACACUUUGCUACUACUAUCUGCUGACUAUAUGUCUUGUCUGGGCCCUGGCCAAGCCACCCCCUGACAAGAAGGAUCGUGUCCACCAUGGUCAAGACCUCAGUGAUCACCACCAUGAUGACAGUCAAGACUUCCGCUAUGAUCAUGAAGCCUUUUUGGGCAAAGAAGAAGCCAAGACAUUUGACCAACUAACUCCUGAAGAGAGCAAAGAGAGGCUGGGGAAGAUUGUGGACCGAAUUGAUCGAGAUGGGGAUGGUUUCGUGACUCAGCCUGAGUUGAAGGACUGGAUCAAGCAUACUCAGAACCGCUAUAUCUAUGAGAAUGUAAACAAGAACUGGAAGGACUAUGACAAGGAUAAUGAUGGCCAUAUCACUUGGAAUGAGUUUAAAAGCACUACUUAUGGUCACUAUGAAGGAGAAGAGUUUGGUGAUCUUGAGGACAAGAAUUCAUACCGGAAGAUGCUGGCACGGGAUGAGCGGCGAUUCAAAGCAGCUGACAAAGAUGGGGAUAUGAGUGUGACAAGAGAGGAAUUCACAGCCUUCCUUCACCCUGAAGAGUUUGACUACAUGAGGGACAUUAUAGUGACGGAAACCCUGGAGGACAUAGACAAGAAUGGUGAUGGCUUUGUAGAAGUGGAUGAGUAUCUUGGUGACAUAUACACCCCUGAAACUGGGGAGCCAGAACCUAGCUGGGUGACAAGCGAACGUCAGCAAUUCUUGGAACACCGAGACAUCAACAAAGAUGGGAAAAUGGAUCGGGAGGAAAUUGGGCACUGGAUCCUGCCCCCAGACUAUGACCAUGCUGAAGUGGAAUCCAAGCAUCUCCUUGUUCAGUCGGACCAAGAUAAGGAUGAUAAAAUAACCAAGCAAGAGAUUUUGGACAAUUGGAACAUGUUUGUGGGAAGCCAGGCCACCAACUAUGGUGAAGACUUGACAAAGAAGCACGAUGAACUGUGAUUGGAGUGGGUGGGGGAUAUACAACAGCGGGUUCUCCCUUACAUGGGGGUGGGAGAAGCACACUCCAGAAGAGAAUUGCUGUCUUAUUUAUUAUUGGAAGGGCCUGCUUAAACUUUCCUCCUAAACUAGUGUAGCUGGUGUACUUGGGUGGUUUUCCCUAGGAUCCAUUCUUGCUCCUCUGCAGCCUCCACCUCCCCCAAAGCACUGUGAACUUUACUGCGCUAUAAAGAUGUCCAUGUUCCUGAGGUUUGGGAAGGAGGAGAUUAAAUACACCUACACCUUCUUUCACCAGUGCAUUUAAUCUCUUCUGUAAUGGUUAGGGUAGGUUCAACCCAUGUUCUUAAUGCACUUAAAUUCUUCCCUUGCAAGUUCCACACUCUUUAGCUAAGGGGAGGCAAAGAUUAGCUCCCUUAAGUGCUCCCCUUCUUUUAAGGGGACUAAGAUACCUGUUUUCUUUUCAAACA